AUGACUACGUAUGAGAAGCUCGUAAAGGGAGCCACCAAGAUUAAGGUGGCUGCUCCAAAGCCAAAGUAUAUCGAGCCAAUUCUUAUGGCAACUACAGACAGAAGUGAAUUCAAGUCGGUUAUGGUUGCUCUUCAGUCAAGAUUGGGUGAUACCGCUUGGUCAAUUGUUUACAAGGCAUUGUUGGUGAUUCAUAUCAUGAUAAGAGAAGGUGAUGGAGACAUAACGCUAAAAUAUCUGGCGACUCAUUUACAUUUCUUUGAUUUGAACCAGAUCAAGCAGAUUGGGUCUCCAGAUUCAAAACAAUUGUUGAGAUAUGCAAAAUACCUUGCUGUUAAAUCAAAACAAUAUGGUAACGUGGGGAUUGAUUACGUUAAAGAUGAACAAACAAAGAAUGAUGGUGGUAGACUAAGGAACUUGAGUAUAGAUAAAGGGUUGUUACGUGAAGUUGAAAGUGUUGAAAAACAAAUUAGAGCAUUGGUCAAUUGCAAAUUUAGUGAAGCUGACAUAAAUAAUGAUGUUGUUCUAACAUGUUUUAGAAUGCUUGUUAAUGAUUUACUACGUCUUUAUCAAUCUUUAAAUGAAGGUGUGAUAAAUAUUUUGGAACAUUAUUUCGAAAUGUCUAAAUAUGAUGCCGAACGGGCUCUGAUUAUUUAUAAAGAUUUUGUUGAUUUAACAAAAGAUGUUGUCAACUAUUUAAGAAUAGCUAAACAUCUGGAAUAUGCAACCAAGCUACACGUCCCAACUAUAAGACAUGCACCAACUGCAUUGGCAAAUAGUUUAGAAGAAUACUUGCAUGAUGAAAAUUUUGAAGUCAACAGGAAACAGUACCUUGCUGAAAGGGAAUUGAAAAAUUCAAACCCAGAUUCGAAAAGAGCUACACCAGCACCAAAGAAAAUUGAACAAUCAGCUACUGGAUCGAAUUAUAAUCCAUGGUCAAAUCAAAUUGGAUUACAACAGGUUAAUUUGAACGGACAACAACAACAACAACAACAACAACCGUUAGUUCAACAACCAACUUCAAAUCCAUUUCUUCAAUUUCAAGCUCCUCAAACUACAUCACAAGCACCACAACAAUUUCAACCACAACAAACAGGAUUUCAACAACAGCAAACAGGGUUCCAACCACAAUUCCAGCCUCAACAAACUGGUUUACAACAAGCCCAAACAAUGCCAUUACCUGUUCAGCAAGUUCAAACAUUCAACUAUCCAGGAAAUCAACAACAACAACAAUUUGUACCUAAUUUCACUGGGUUUGGUGGUUACCAACAGCAACCUCAAAUUCAACCACAGUUGACACAACAAUCCACUGGUAAUCCAUUUACCACAGCCAAUAACAAUCCACCAAAACCAUUAGAAUCAUCAAAGACCGGCAACAAUCCAUUUGCAAUUGACUAUAAAUCCAGGUUAACUUCAAUAUCGGAAAACAGUAAUAAUUCGAUCCAACCUCAACAAACUAGUUCAAACCCAUUUUCAAAACCAAUCACCACUUCACUUACACAUCAAUCUACGGGCACAAAUCCAUUUCAAAAAACAUACACUUCAAAUAGAAUAUCUGUCAAUGGUGGUAAUCCUUUGAAACCACAAGCAACUUUUGGAGGUUAUGAAAAUUUAACAACAAUACCUGUUUUCCCACAAACCAUUCAACAACAACAUACAAAUCUUCUUCAACAACAAGCUGGAUGGGAACUUCAACAACAAAUGGCCUUGAACCAACAACAACAACAGCAACAACAGCAACAACAACAACAAAAUGCAUUUCAACAACACCCAACUGGAAACCAAUUUAGUUUUCAACAAUAUGAAGGUCCAAGUUUGAUUUGA